AUGAAAGGGGGGGCGCCGCCUGACUUCCGGCGCGAAUGGCGGCAUCUUGCUAGAGCUCCGCUCCUAGCAGGCCUUACGGAAGCACACACAUGCUGCAAUUCCCACCCUAAUACAGCACAAACACCCUCCACAGAACCACCUACCAUCAGUGCACCCGAGGAUAUGGGCGGCGGGCGCAAAUCCUCAAAGGGGUCGGCGGUGGCCCCGAUAUUCAGAUCCCGCGCACCAGAGGAGGGACGGCGGGCGGAGGAACAGAGGGAGUCUGACUCCGACUCCACAGCCAGCGACAUGAGCCACCGGAAUACAACCCCUAUCACGAGGGAGGACCUCCGUGGCUUGCUCCAAGACAUAAAGGAGAAUAUGGCAGCGGAAUUUGCCAAACACCUGGCACCCCUGCGGGCGGGCCUGACAGACCUCGUGCAACGCACCAGCUCCCUAGAGGACAAGAUGGCCGCCACCUCCUCCAGAGCGAACACCCACGAGCAGGCACUACAAAACCUCACAGAGCAGGUGAAAAGGCUUGAAGAAGCCCAAGAAGACCUUAACAAUCGAUCAAGGCGGAAUAAUAUAAGAAUAAGGGGCAUACCUGAGACCAUAGAUAUGGAGUCCCUCUCCUCCACCAUCAGGGAGACCUUCUGCAGCCUACUCCCAGAAGCACCCCCAGCUGA